CCGAGAAACAGGAGAUGGCGUUGGCUUCAGGCCGGAAGCGGAUGCGUGCGGUCUAGGAAGCGGGCUCAGGCGGUGUCAUGCCGGUCGCAGGAGAGGCGGAAAUGUUGCUGCAACAAGCCACUCGGGAGAGGCUGGAGAGAUUUGCCCAACUCAGAGGUAAAACUGUGGAGAGCGGAAAAUUCUGGGAUGCUGUUGUCAUAACAGCAGUUGACAAAAAGCAAGAAAUAGCUUAUCAGCAACAGUUAUCAGCCAAAUUAAAAAGAAAGGAGCUGCCCCUUGGUGUUCAUUAUCAUGUUUUUGUUGAUCCUCCUGGACCAAAAAUUGGAAAUGGUGGAUCAACACUUCAUGUCCUUAAGUGCUUGGAAGAACAUUAUGGUGAUCAGUGGGGUUCUCUCACCAUCCUAUUAAUCCAUUCUGGUGGAUAUAGUCAACGUUUACCAAAUGCGAGUGCCUUGGGAAAAAUUUUUACAGCUUUGCCUUUUGGGAACCCAGUUUAUCAAAUGUUGGAUUUAAAACUGGCAAUGUACAUUGAUUUUCCCACCUAUAUGAAUCCAGGUAUUUUGAUUACUUGCGCAGAUGAUAUUGAACUUUAUCAUAUUGGCACAAUGGAAUGCAUAAGGUUUAAUCAGCCUGGAUUUACAGCAUUAGCCCAUCCUUCUAGUUUAACCAUUGGUACAACCCAUGGUGUAUUUGUGUUGGAUCCACCAUUGUGUGGGACUCAAAAGGGAGAAGUUGAAUACAGAACUUGUCAACGUUUCCUGCACAAGCCUAUCGUUGAAAAUAUGCACCAGUUUGGUGCAGUACAUAAAAUGGAUAAUUCUCAGGCAUCCAAUCCUCUUAGAGAACUUGGACAUUUAGCAGCAGUUUCUGAAUACGUGUAUACGGAUAGUCUAUUUUACAUUGAUCAUAGCACUGCGAAAUUAUUGCUGACAUUUUAUAAACAAGUAGGCACACUUUGCUGUGAAAUAGAUGCUUAUGGUGACUUUCUUCAAGCAUUAGGGUCUGGAGCAACAAAAGACUACACAAAAUACCUGGAGAAUGACAUACAAGGAGAAUCGUGUGUAAUGGAAAUAAGGGAGAAGUUAUUUACUCUUCUUAAUGGACUGCCUCUCAAUGUUAUUCUUCUAAAUAAUUCUAAAUUCUAUCACAUUGGGACUACCCGUGAGUGUUUGUUUCAUUUUACUUCUGACAGAAAGCUGAAAAUGGAAAUGGGUUUGCUGCCAGAUGUUUUUAGCAUCUGCCCUAACAGCACAGAAGACUUUGGGAAAUCAGCAUGUAUCAUUCACAGUAUACUAAGCUCCGGGUGUUCUGUUAUACCUGGCUCACUCCUUGAAUACUCCAGGCUGGGGCCUGAGGUGUCAGUGGGAACUAACUGCAUUAUCAGUGGAUGUUGUAUUGACACCAAAGCAGACAUCCCAUCAGACACCUUCAUGGCAACACUAAGUGUGAGGAUUGAUGAAGAAUUAAUGUAUGUGAGUAUGGUGUUUGGCAUAGAAGAUAACUUGAAAAAGAAUGUGACUAAUGUAGCAGAGACACACUUACUAAGGUUUUUUGGAACCAGCCUCAGUCUGUUCUUGGAGCUCUGGGGUCUGAAAGUUUCACAUGAGCUGUUUUCUGGUGUCGGAGUAGGUCUGAGUUUAUGGACAGUGCGAAUUUUCCCAGUUUGCUCCACUGUAAGUGAUUCAGUGAAAAUGUCAUUAGGGAUUUUAAACUCCGUUCAGAACAAGGCACCUUUUAAAUUGAAUGGUUUUAAGCUCUUGUCUGUUGAAGAAAUCCUUCAGUACAAAGAUGUAGAAGAUAUGCUGAAGUUCAGGCAGCUACUUUAUGAAGAAAUCAGUCUGCAGAAACAGAAAGAGAAAUCAGAUUUAUGAAAGUGGUACAUUUUCCCCAUUCUUUAAUUUGAAGAGGAGUGAUUGCUUUCAAGCUUGCGGAAAUCCAGAAGCAAGCAGUACGCACACAUUCUUGUGUGUGUUUCAUUGAAGUAGAAAUAAUGAAACUGCAUUAACAGUGUUAUUGUAGCAUAACAUUAAUAAUGCAAAAAAUGCAGAUAAACUAUUCUUUUGAUGAAAAAAUUAAUGAAAUAUUUCAAGUCUAUGAAAACACAAAGAGGCAAAUUUUCUUAGCUGCUCAUUAUUAUUAUGCUUUUGGUUUUUAUUAAUUCAAGUGUGGAACAGAACUUGUUAAUUAGAAGUUUGAUUGAAAACCAUUUAAAACUUUUUCAAAGUAGUAUGUUACCUCUAGCAACAUUUUUCCUUUUCCUAGGUUUGUUUUCUUUUAAGUGGGCAAAUACUUGCACAUUUAUACAUGUCUUUUUAAAGCUUUGCUGAAUAUUGAGACAUCAGCAUGAAAAUUGGUGUUUCUCAUUAGUACCAUUCUUUGUUUCAUAUACUUACCCCAACUCCAUUCCCAUUACUUUUUCAGGACAUGUUCCAAAGAAGCAAAAUAUACUGAACUAAAUAGCCUUGGAAGGAAGUCUUUCAAACAUUAUUUUGCAAAUUAGAUAUGACUGUAUUGUCUGAUUUUUUUUCAAAGAGUUUAAUGAUCAAAGCAUUGUAAGUUUGUGAAUAUCUUGUCAUAAUUAUCAGAUGUGAUUGUUUUACUCUUUGAGUCACUAAAGUGUGUUCUGUAAAAUUAUUUGCUACAGUCAUAAUAGUAAUGCCGGAUAUAUUUUGGAAUUAUUGUGGUCUUUGGAUUCUGGAUCUACUUCAGAUACGUUUGCCUGUUCUUUUUUAGUCUUUUUGGUAUCAAUCUCAUUCUCAUCUUCUGAAUUGAAAGAGACAAUCUGCAAUAGGUAUGCAUAGGUUUGUAGUUUUAUAAAGUAACCCUAAGCAUGUUUACGCAGAGGCUUAAUUAAA